AUGUUCACCUUAAUUUUCCUCUUCUGGCUCCUGAACAUUCCACUUCUUGUGACUGAUUUUAUUUAUCCGAGGUGCUUUUGGAAAAUAAAGCAAAAUGAAGACAAGAAUAGAAACCAAGAAACAGGAUGUACCUUCAUGAUUCAUGCUGAACAACAGCCUGUGGAGAAAGAGUAUUUUAGUCGUAUUUUGAAUAUACAAACUCAUACUGAAAACCACAAGUAUGUUCUAGCUUUGGCUUUUUCCAUAUAUGAAAUCAACAUGAACCCUGAUAUUUUGCCAAAUAUGUCUCUAAGAUUUAAAUUCACAAACUACAAUUGUUACUGGGAAUCUAAAUUGAUGAGUCUCAUUCAUCUGAGUUUACAAAAUCAUGAUAUUCUCCCAAAUUAUAUGUGUAAAGAACUCACCAGAUGUACAAUGACACUUACAGGACUGAAUUGGGCAACAACUGUGAAACUUAAUACAAUCCUAAACAACUUCAUAUCUCAGGAGGUAAGUGUCUUUAGAAUGUGGGAAUCCCUAGGAAUACAGAGACUAUGGAUCACCACCUCACAGUGGGAUGUCAGUCCUAGUAUGAAACACUUUACAUUUGGUAACGAAUAUGGGACUUUUGCUUUUGGACAACACCAUAGUGAGAUUUCUGGGUUUAAACAUUUUGUCCAGACAUUGAACUCUGUCAAAUUCCCAGAUGAAUAUCUGGUAAAGCUGGAAUGGAUGCACUUUAACUGUGAGGUCUCGGCCUCUAAAUGUAAGACACUGAAGAACUGCUCAUCCAAUCACUCAUUGGAAUGGUUAAUUGUACAUACUUUUGAUAUGGCUUUUAUUGAAGGGAGUUAUGACAUAUACAAUGCUGUAUAUGCUUUUGCCCAUGCACUCCAUCAGAUAGCUUUUCAAAAGUUUGAUAAUCUGCCCAAGGACAAUGGGAAAGGACACAAUUAUAGCUGCAAGAAGGUGUAUUCCUUUCUGAGAAAGAACCAGUUCACUAAUCCUGUUGGGGACAAAGUGAAUAUGAACCGAAGAGAGAAACUACAGGAAGAAUAUGACAUUUUCUACAUUUGGAAUUUCCCACAGGGCCUUGGACUUAGAGUUAAAAUAGGAAUGUUUAGUCCAUAUUUUCCAAAUGGUCAACGGGUACAUUUAUCUGAAGAUAUGAUAGAGUGGGCAAAAGGAAGUACACAGGUGCCAACUUCGGUGUGCAGUGCUGAUUGUGGUCCUGGAUCUAGAAAAUUCGGGAUGGAUGGAAUGGCAACAUGCUGUUUUCAUUGCAAACCCUGUCCUGAAAAUGAAAUUUCUAAUGAGACAAAUGUGGAUAAUUGUGUCCAGUGUCCAGAGGACCAAUAUGCUAACACAGAACAGAAUCACUGCAUUCGUAAAACUGUUGUAUUUCUCAGCUAUGAGGAACCACUGGGGAUGGCACUUUCCUUAUUCUCCUUUUGCUUCUCUGCAUUUACAACUGUGGUUCUUGGGGUCAUUGUGAAGCACCACAAUACUCCAAUUGUUAAGGCCAAUAACAGAACUCUCACCUAUAUCUUGCUCAUCUCACUCAUCUUUUGUUUCCUCUGCCCUUUGCUCUUCAUUGGCCAUCCAAAUGCAGCCACCUGCAUUCUACAGCAAAUCACAUUUGGAAUUGUAUUCACUGUUUCUCUCUCCACUGUCUUGGCUAAAACAAUUACUGUAGUUAUAGCAUUCAAAAUCACANCCUCCCAAAGAAUGAUGAAGUACUUUCUAGUUUCAGGGGCAAUUAACUACAUCAUUCCCAUUUGUAUUCUCAUCCAAGUUAUUGUAUGUGCAGUCUGGCUGGGAGCUUCUCCUCCUUCUGUUGAUAUUGAUGCACAGUCUGAGCAUGGACACAUCAUCAUUGUUUGCCACAAGGGUUCAGUCAAUGCAUUUUACUGUGUUCUGGGAUACUUGGCUACCCUGGCCAUUGGGAGCUUCACUCUGGCUUUCUUUUCCAGAAACCUUCCUGGUGCCUUUAAUGAAGCCAAAUCCAUAACAUUCAGCAUGCUGGUGUUCUGCAGUGUCUGGGUCACUUUCAUCCCUGUUUAUCAUAGCACCAAAGGCAAGGUCAUGGUGGCUGUGGAGAUCUUCUCCACUUUGGCCUCCAGUGCAGGGAUGCUGGGAUGCAUAUUUGUUCCCAAAUGUUACACAAUAGUGUUUAGACCAGACCAAAAUUCUCUUGAAAUGAUCAGGGUGAAAUCGUCUUCCCAUGCUAUUCUUUCAUAA